UUCUAUCAACGUAGUUACCUAGAAUCGAACUUAGAAUACAUUUGUUUUGACAUUUACGCAACGAGUGCUUCUAUGAUGCAUCUUGGGUGUAUGAUUUUUAUAGACUUACUCAUAUAAAAAAAUUCUUUUUUAUUAAAAAAAUAAUACUUUUUUAAAUAAUAAUAAAAUACUUAUUUUACUCAUAUAGAGAGAGAGAGAGCUGAGAGAGACUUCGAUGGCGAUGGGCCCGGAGAGAUCACGGCCGCUGCACAAUUUCACGCUUCCGUGUGAAUUGAAGUGGGGGAAUCGGAAGUUCUUGCGAUGCGUUAAGCUGGAUUCGAACGGAGAUAUCGCCUCCGUUCACCGGCGGCCUAAUGGGUUAUCGGACUGGGGCCGGGUCGCUCCGGGCAGGCCCAAGAGGGAGACGGUCGUGACCAGCCGGAAAUUCGGGUCCUGCGUCGACGCCGGGAUCGCCUCCGUGAGGGAGAAGUUAAUGUUCGAUCUCCAGACGGCUGCGGAUCAGAUGAAAGACGCGAUUUUCCGGGAGGGUUUGAAGGAGGAAGAGGAAGAGAAACCCGCCGCCGCCGCCGCCGCUGACCCGAAUAAGCCCUGGAGCUUGCGGACUCGCCGGACCACCGUCGGAUCGACCAAGACCGUUUUCCCAUUGAGAGGCGGCGAAAACGCAUCUCCGGCACUUCCCGUCGGCGAGAAGCGCAGCGAGUGAAACUAUCUGUUCCGCUAGCUCGCCCAGAAAUCGAGGAAGAUUUCUUGGCCAUGGUCGGUCACAGACCCGCCCGCCGCCCCAAGAAACGAUCUAAAUUGGUCCAGAAAAAUUUGGAUACUCUCUUUCCGGGAUUAUGGCUGAAGGAAAUCACAGCUGAUUUAUACAAAGUCUCUGAUGAUCAAUAGAAUAUGAAGAGGUUGAUUUGGUGACAGGAAAUGGAAGAACUUUAACAAUCCAACUAAUAUAUAGUGAGAUUUAAU